UGAAUAAAACUUUCUUUUAGGAAUCAUCCCUUCAUAGUGUAGCCUCUACAUCACAGGAAAGCCCAAGUUUGAUGGAGAGUGAAGUGCUAAGAGUUACUCUAUUGCGUAGUGAAUGGAGGUCAUCAAAAGGAGACUUGUCAACCAUCAACAGGGAGUUUGCAAUUCAGUUAGCAAAACAUCCCAAUGUUGAUGUCAGUGUGUAUGUUCCAAGAUGUAGCGAGGAGGACAGGAGAGCUGCCAGGAGCCAUGAUAUUCAACUGAUUGAAGCCCAAGAAUUGCCAGGUCAUGAUCAGCCAGUGGAUUGGUUGGCUUCUUUACCUGAAGGUCAUCAUCCGCACUGUGUCAUAGGACAUGGAGUGCAUCUGGGUCGUCAGAUACCACUCAUUCAAAAGCAGCAACCCUGCAAGUGGAUCCAGGUUGUUCACACAGCUCCAGAAGAACUUGGAAUGUUCAAAAGUUAUGAAGAAGCCAUUUUCAGAGGUGAGAAGAAACAUCGUGCAGAAGUAAAACUUUGUGAGUUGGCUGAUGGGGUUGUUGCAAUUGGACCAAAGCUGGCAGAUGCUUACUCUCGCUACCUUCGCUCCAGUAAGAAAGAUUUUCAAGUUUUCAAUCUCACCCCAAGUAUUUUUACUGAGUUUUGUCAUGUUGAGCAGGCCACAGAAGAAGGGAAGAACUUUUGUGUUCUACUUUUUGGGCGUGGUGACCUUGAAGAUUUUGAGCUGAAAGGAUAUGAUGUUGCAGUGGAAGCAAUUGCUCAAUUGGAUGACAAGUCAUACCAGCUAAAUUUCGUUGGGACACAGACAGGAAAAGAAGAAGAAGUGGCAAGAAAGUUGCUUGAAUAUGGCAUUCCCCGUAGUCAAUUAACUGUACGCUGCUUUAAAGAAGAUCGAGAAGAGCUGGCCAGUUUAUUCUGUGAGGCCGAUCUCGCAAUCAUGCCUUCAAGAACUGAAGGUUUUGGUCUGACGGGGCUGGAAGCCUUAUCUGCUGGUCUACCUGUUCUUAUAAGUGGUAACUCUGGACUUGGAGAAGCAUUGGAGGAAGUUCCUUUUGGUUCCCCAUGUGUAGUUAAUUCAGAAGAUCCUAAAGAAUGGGCCAAUGCUAUCAAAGUCAUCCGUCAGAAAAAAAGGAAGGUGCGACUUGAAGAAGCCUUUUUACUUCGAAAAGAGUAUGCAGCAAAGUACAGCUGGCAGAGACAGUGUCAAAGUCUUGUUGAGAAAAUGGGGAAUCUUGUAUUCGUUGAUCCUGUCACUUCACAGUCCUCCGCAGCAUUCAAAGAAAAUGAAUCCUUAACAAGCAUAGCAGUUCAACGCAAAGAUGCCGUAAUAAACAAGUCCAGGCAAGCUUCAAAUAGAGAGGUUAAACUGAGUUCGUCCUCUGUUGCCACUCAAUCUGUGAAACGCCGUAAAGGUUCUGAGCAUUGUCUAGUUGUGGAACACCUUCGAGAUGAAUACAUCAGACGUUCCAAUGUAAAACCACUGCUGUGGGAUAGCAACAUCCAACUGCCUAUUGAUGACGUUUACACCAGGUUGCAAAUAAAAUGGAGAAGGAAGGCUUAUUUUCAGCUAACGGAGAAGGAGGUUCACAUGUAUGAAAUUUUCAAGCCUGCUAAAGAGGGUGAAAAGGGCGCCAGAAUGGUACUUGUAGAAGGAAACCCCGGGAUUGGGAAGACCACAUUUUGUCUUAAAAUUGCCAGAGAUUGGGCCAAAAAGUUAGUGCCGCGCGAGUUUCAUUUCCCCGUGUUUCAGUUGUUGUUCCUUCUGAAGUGUUGUGACAUUCACAAAGAUACCAAAGACAUAGUACAAGCUAUUGAAGAGCAACUUCUCAAUGAUGACAUGAAAAAUAGAGAAGACUUUUUGGAGUACAUUAGAGAUGGCAAGAAUCAGGAUAAGAUUCUUUUGAUCCUGGAUGGCCUUGAUGAGUUACCAGAAGCAUCGGUAAACGUCGUCGUUAAGCUCUUUAGAAGAAAAAUUUUCUCACGCUGUUUCAUUUUGGUCACCUCACGCGAAGAAAAGGGAAUCGAUCUCCGGCAGCGCUAUGACUUUGAUACACUUUUGCAGAUUAAGGGGUUCACUUCGAAGGAUGCUGCAGAUUACAUCAAGAAGCAUUUUAAAAGCGUAGAUCCACAAAAUUUGUCAAAAGGCGAGAGGCUCAUUCAAGCUGUUAAAGAAAACAUUUACCUAGAUGCGCUGAAGAAUAAUCCGUUGAAUCUCCUUCUCUUGUGCGUUGUUUUUGAAGACUUUGAUGGGGAACUACCAUCUAAUCGCACUAAGCUUUAUCAGAUUAUAUUUCGAUGCUUGUUAAGGCGUUACUGCUCCCGAAAUGGCCUGGACGUUCAUCGAAAUGCCGACAAAGCGCUAGAGAAUCAAUUUAAAGAGUCCAUACUUGUGCUAGGGGAGUUAGCGUGGAAGUGUCUUCUAGAAGACCGCCGUUCGUUUUCGGAAGAAGAAUUGGACAAGUUAGAACAUUCGAGGACCCAUGUGAGAAAAUUUCCAGUGAUCAAAUUGGGCCUUGUUUUCAUGGAAGCCAGUUCAAGGCCAAGUCAGGA